CGUAAAAUUGCCGGAUUGUUAUUGUCACUUCUACCCAUCCAUUCCAAUCACACCCGCACAUUAACCAGCUGAAUUGUGUGGAAAUGCGGUUUAUAGAGUCACUAACAUCCAGCAUAGUCUCUUAACUCUCUGUAUUUAACAAUAUAAAAGAUGAUUUGGAAAAUGGAGGCUGGCUCAAUGAACGCCCCUAAUGAGAACACUGCUUAUUAACGUUAAGACCCGUAAUCCAGUUAACCUUUAAUCAGACAAAAACACGGAGGCUUUAUUAUGGAUGCACCCUUUUCGAUUUUCCACAAUGCAUAAAGGCAGGGCGAGUUUAUUCAAGGCACCCACCGCUUUCAGAGAGCCUUCCUCUGUUCUGCAGGGUGUAGGGUGUGAUCAAGAGGAGCUUAUUUUGGACUGCAUUUCUCUUAAUGUUUCAGAGUACGCUGGGGGGGAAAAAAUGUCUAGAAUUUUACAACCCGAGCCCUUGCUCUUGGGUUUGGGUUUUUUUCUUUUUUCUUUUUUUGGGGUCGUUAACGCUUCUUUCCCGCAAGCACAGGUGUGAUGAGACAAAGGAACAAAGGAUGCCUUAGAGGAGAGGUUGCCUAUAUGCCUGGAAACCUCUUCAAAGCACACCGCCAAAUGGAUCUAACGCCUCCCCCUGCCGCCUCUAGAUCAUGAUACUUGGCUGAAGCUAUUCCGCUAUCUUUAUGAUCCCUCCUCCAUCUAUGGCGAACUAUAGCCAUGCAGGGGACCACACCAUCUUGCAGAAUGUCUCUCCUCUCGCCACGUUCCUCAAACUGACCUCUCUGGGUUUCAUCAUUGGAGUCGGUGUGGUUGGGAACCUCCUGAUCUCCAUCCUGCUGGUCAAAGACAAGAGCCUGCACCGAGCGCCCUACUAUUUCCUGCUGGACCUGUGCGCCUCUGAUAUCCUGCGCUCCGCCAUCUGCUUCCCCUUUGUCUUCACCUCAGUCAAGAAUGGAUCUGCCUGGACCUACGGCACGCUGACCUGCAAAGUGAUCGCCUUCCUGGGUGUGCUCUCCUGUUUCCACACGGCCUUCAUGCUGUUCUGUGUCAGUGUCACACGCUACCUGGCCAUCGCACAUCACCGUUUCUACACCAAGAGGCUGACCUUCUGGACCUGUCUGGCUGUCAUCUGCAUGGUGUGGACGUUGUCAGUGGCUAUGGCGUUCCCGCCGGUGCUAGACGUAGGGACGUACUCUUUUAUCCGGGAGGAGGACCAGUGCACAUUCCAGCACCGUUCCUUCAGGGCGAAUGAUUCGCUGGGCUUCAUGCUCCUGCUGGCGCUCAUCCUCCUGGCCACACAGCUGGUUUACCUCAAGCUCAUCUUUUUUGUCCACGACCGUCGAAAGAUGAAGCCUGUCCAGUUCGUGCCUGCUGUCAGCCAGAAUUGGACCUUCCACGGGCCGGGCGCCAGCGGGCAGGCGGCCGCCAACUGGCUGGCUGGAUUUGGUCGAGGCCCCACCCCGCCUACUUUGCUGGGCAUCCGGCAGAACAGCAACGCAGCGGGCCGCAGGCGUCUACUGGUAUUGGAUGAAUUCAAAACAGAGAAGCGGAUUAGUAGGAUGUUCUACAUCAUGACGUUUUUCUUCCUGGCACUGUGGGGGCCCUAUCUGGUCGCCUGCUACUGGCGGGUGUUUGCAAGGGGCCCUGUAGUCCCUGGGGGCUACCUGACGGCAGCCGUGUGGAUGAGCUUUGCCCAGGCUGGGGUCAAUCCUUUCAUCUGCAUCUUCUCCAACAGGGAGCUCCGGCGCUGCUUCAGCACCACACUCCUCUACUGCAGAAAAUCCAGGUUACCAAGGGAACCCUACUGCGUUAUAUGAAGGUUUUGCUGUGGGUUUUUCUCUCAUCUAUGUCUCUAUUUCCCUGAUUGAUCUUGAUCUGGGCUUGUUCCCAUUGUACAGCGCACUCUCUCUUUUUAUCUCUCUUCUCUUCAUCCUCCAGUUUUCCUCCUGUUCCUCCUUCUCCUAACCCUUGUUUUCAGAGGUAGAAGGUGGACUGCCAAUCACGAGGCUCUGCCGGGGUGAUUGAAUAUGAAAUGUAUCAAACAUGGAGGCUGAAGGGAAUGGGAAAUACGCAGGAGGUCUGGAUCCCCUCCUGUGUUUAUGUUCUAGUAAACAGACAUUGUGGAAGGCCAUGCCAAUGCAGAGAAGCAAAAAGUUGAAAAAAAAAAAAGAAAAAGAAAAAUGAUUUGACAGAACAAUGAAAACAAAACCUCUUGCUUUGGAUAAUUUGAAGAUGCGUUAUUCUGUGAGGUGUGAAAUACGUAAAUAUGAAAAGAAAAAGAAAAAAAGAACACAAAACAAAGAAAUGAUACCUCUCAAGGAAUCACUGGAAAUGUUUUACAUUUUAAGAGUUGCACUAAAAAGAAGAUGUAAAGAUGCUUUUUUUGGUCAACAGUUGCCAGUUGCAUUGCAAGGACAACUUUUUUCUUUUUUUCUUUUUUUCCAAACUAAACAAUGAAUGCUUUAAUUUGCAACAGACUACACAAUCGCUGUAAGUAAAGCAAAACUUGGUGACUGUUGGAAUACACCAUCACAAGAGGAUAAAAUGGUUUUAAUGUAAGUGAUACCUUUUUCAUUUCCUGGGCGGGGGCUUAACGAUGGGGAUUUACAAUGUGUGGUUUUGAAGUUGCAACUUAAACCUAGAAAUGAUUUCUUGUAGUUUUACGAUCCAUAUGUCCCUAGUGUCUGGCAUUGUUAUUUUCUUAUCACCUUUUACAAAAAAAAGAGGAAAAAAAGAUGAAAUGAUGUUUGGAUUUAAAAAAAAAAAAAAAAAGUUGCUUUUACGAACAACCUUGUGCUUAAAAAAGACAAUGAAGAAGUAGUUAAAUGUUU